CAGUCUUCUGUUAGUCAUGGCUAUGACAGCACAGGCAUCCUGGGUGAAUUCACUUACAAUAUUUGUGUAGCAUCCUUACAUUCAUAUCUGGGUGAUGUUGAAGACACACACCACAUGACAGCUUUCUUGGAUGGUGGGGCUGUAUUGAACCUUCCACUUUUCUGUCUUCAAGGAGUUGUACUCUUUCCUGGGGCUACUCUUCCCCUGAGAGUUAUUGAAUCCAAUUUUGUGGCUGCUGUUGAGAGAUCUUUGAGUCGAGUUGACGUUCCUUACACCAUUGGUGUGGUAGGUAAACUCCUUAUGAUGACUAGUUCUAUCACUUGCCACAUGCUUUUCUGCAAAACCUCUCUGAUACAGCUGAACUUAUCUCUAGAUUCUCUACAGAUUCGACAAUAUGGGCGCCUGGAGGAUGGUUCCCUGAAUUUGGUUACUCGUGGACAGCAGCGAUUUCGCUUAAGACGGUGUUGGAUCGACGUGGAAGGAGUGUCUUAUGGAGAGAUCCAAAUUAUUGAGGAGGACAUACCAUCGCGAACUCCAAGAGAUGCUUUUGGAAAAUUAACACCUCUAAGUAAUCUGCCUCGUAACCGUGCCACCUCAAGCAUGUUGCCGUUGAAGUAUUCUGUUGAAGUACGUGGUUCCAAAAAUGAGGAGAGUGAUUCAGAAGAGAACUUUGAGAGGGAACUUUCAUCAGCAGAGAGGAGAAUCCAUCAAUCACUCAUUGGUUCCAGUUAUGAACACGACUUAAUUGAUGAAUCGGCAAGCAGCAGUGAUGAUAGAUUCACAUACGAGACAGAUCAGGAACUUAGAUCCAGUCUAAAUGACCCAGACACUUCAAUAUCAUUGCUACCUGAUCAUGGAAACGAUGCGGAAAAUCUAGAUUCUAGAAUUGGGAACUGUUCCUCUUCUGGAAAACAGUCCUCCACAAGAAGACUUAAUUGGUGUUCUAAAAAUAUAGACCCCUACCCCUCACAUAGAAUUUCAAGAGCAUUCAUGCCUGGUUGGGUGUAUUGUAUGUUUGACUCCUAUUGGCUUGCACAACGGGCUGCAGGUAGUUUUUCCUUGCUGCUUCUAACUCUUUAUCAGCCAUUUUUCGGUGUAAAAAUUUACAUGGACAUAAUUAACAUAUAACUAUUUUUAGCUGCACUAA